GAGAGCAGGAGGCUGCUGCUGCUGCUGCUGCUGCUGCUGCUGCAGCUGCUGCUUUGAACUCACACCUUCCUCCUCCUCCUCUGCCGCCGCCCAGUCUCGCCAGGUUCGAGGUGUGUGUGUGUGUCUUCGUCUGCCGGUGAUGGACGAGGCUGAGGACGGCGAGGAGGAGUCCAAAUUCCAGCAGCUGUUUCUUCUUCCACCUCAAGUCGCCAGCCCGACCGGACGCGCGGAUCAUGGCACCGGCAGAGGAGCCGAGAUGAAGAAAUUCACGCCAGGAGGCGGAGCCGCGUCCGUUGCGCGCAAAAACUCCAACAUUAACGAGCUGUGGCUCCUGUGCCCCGAGGACUCUGCGCCUCUCAGUGCCGGCGGCAGCGCAACCUCUCCGCCGCGCCACAGGGCUGCUGCUGCUGGAGGUGGCUCAGAGUCAGACCACAGGAGCGCAGGGGACGCAGCGUCAGAGGCAGGCUUCAGUAUGAUAUGCAACAAAAACGGAGAUUGUAGAAGGGACCCGACCAGCUCAGGGAGCCUCUCCUCCCUCAUCUCCAGGCAGGAGAAGCAGGCAGAUGGAGGAGUAGCGGCGGCAGGAGGACCAGAGGCUGAGAGCAUGGACGGCUCCAUAACUUCACCGGGGUCCCUGACGCAGGGACGCGGAGCCGAGGUCAGGACCGGGGCAUCGAUGGAGAAGAAGGACUCCAGAGUUUCCUUCUCCUACGCCCCGACCGGCAAAGGACAGACUCCGAGUCUGCAGUCGAGACAUUCUGUCACGUUCUCCAAAGCCGAGGAUGGUUCUCAGAUAGUUCCGGACGAUGGGGACUCCAGAGGGAAUCAGACGUACAUGCAGCGGCAGUUCAGCUCCAUGCUUCAGCCCGGAGUUAACAAGUUCUCCCUGCGCAUGUUUGGCAGCCAGAAGGCGGUGGAGAAGGAGCAGGAGCGCGUAAAGUCAGCGGGUAAUUGGAUUAUCCACCCGUACAGCGACUUCAGGUUCUACUGGGACUUCACCAUGCUGAUGUUCAUGGUGGGCAACCUGAUCAUCAUCCCCGUGGGCAUCACCUUCUUCAAGGACGAGACCACAGCGCCCUGGAUCAUCUUCAAUGUGGUUUCCGACACCUUCUUCCUCAUGGACCUGGUUCUCAACUUCAGGACGGGCAUCGUGUUUGAGGACAACACGGAGAUCAUCCUCGACCCCAAGAAGAUCAAGAAGAAGUACCUGAAGAGCUGGUUCGUGGUGGACUUUGUCUCCUCCAUACCUGUGGAUUAUAUCUUUCUCAUCGUGGAGAAAGGGAUCGACUCGGAGGUUUACAAGACGGCCCGGGCGCUCCGCAUCGUCCGCUUCACAAAGAUCCUCAGUCUGCUGCGACUGCUGAGGCUCUCCAGACUCAUCCGUUACAUCCACCAGUGGGAGGAGAUCUUCCACAUGACCUAUGACCUGGCCAGCGCUGUGAUGCGAAUAUUCAACCUGAUUGGUAUGAUGCUGCUGCUGUGUCACUGGGACGGCUGUCUCCAGUUCCUGGUUCCCAUGCUGCAGGACUUCCCGUCCGACUGCUGGGUCUCCCUCAACAAGAUGGUGAACGACUCAUGGAGCGAGCUCUACUCCUUCGCCCUCUUCAAGGCCAUGAGCCACAUGCUGUGUAUUGGAUAUGGAAGACAAGCCCCGGAGAGUAUGUCGGACAUCUGGCUGACCAUGCUGAGUAUGAUCGUAGGAGCCACCUGCUACGCCAUGUUCAUCGGCCAUGCAACUGCGCUCAUCCAGUCUCUGGACUCGUCGAGGCGGCAGUACCAGGAAAAGUACAAACAAGUGGAGCAGUACAUGUCCUUCCACAAACUUCCGGCCGACUUCCGACAGAAAAUCCACGACUACUACGAGCACAGAUACCAGGGCAAGAUGUUUGAUGAGGAGAGCAUCCUGGAGGAGCUCAAUGAGCCUCUGCGAGAGGAAAUCGUCAACUUCAACUGUCGUAAACUGGUGGCGUCCAUGCCGCUGUUUGCCAACGCCGAUCCCAACUUUGUGACCGCCAUGUUGACCAAACUGAGAUUUGAAGUCUUCCAGCCCGGAGACUACAUCGUCAGAGAGGGCACCAUCGGUAAGAAGAUGUACUUCAUCCAGCACGGCGUGGUCAGCAUCCUGACCAAAGGAAACAUUGGGAUGAAGCUGAUGGACGGAUCCUACUUUGGAGAGAUCUGCCUGCUGACCCGAGGUAGACGGACGGCCAGCGUGCGAGCGGACACAUACUGUCGCCUCUACUCCCUCUCGGUGGACAAUUUCAACGAGGUGCUGGAGGAGUAUCCCAUGAUGAGGAGGGCCUUUGAGACGGUGGCCAUUGACAGACUGGACAGAAUAGGCAAGAAGAACUCGAUCCUGAUGCACAAAGUUCAACAUGAUCUGAACUCGGGUGUUUUCAACAACCAUGAGAAUGAGAUGAUCCAGGAGAUAGUUAAAUAUGAUCGGGAGAUGGUUCAACAGGUGGAUGUACCACGACCACGGGCCAUGUCCAUGACACCUUCUCUAAAUAGUGGGAUCUUUUCUCCUCCGGGUUCCUCCAACCAGCUUCAAAAUUCAGCAAUUGCCACUUUGCAGCAGGCAGUCGCCAUGAACUUUUGUGCCCCAAUGCAGGGGAACUCAGUGGGAGCAGGGAACCUUCAGUCCCCAAGGAUGGUGAGGAGAUUCCAGGUGGUGCAAAGUGUGUCCAGCCCUGUCUCAGCCUCUCCCCUGCAGGCUCAGCUCCUUGCUUCUGGUGCCUUUGCUCCGGUCCUGACCAGCCCCCCUGUCCAGAGCCCGCUGGCUGUUGGAGGACGGUCAUUCCAUUAUGGGUCCAGUGCACUGGCUGGUCCCGCCUCAGGCUCUCAGCUUUCACUGGCCCAGCAGCACAUAGCCAGCCCUGCACACCGGCUCAGCACACAUAAGAGCACCCAUUCCUUGCAAAUGGCCAGUCUGAGCCAAGACGCCAGAGCACUGUCAGUGUCUCAGCCCUCACUGCCUCAUGAGGGGGCACAACCAGGUGCCCCUAGUCCACCCCAUUCUACACGAGUCUCCUCUACUUCCAUUGGACCCCCUCAGACCCCAUCAGGUCACACAGGGGUUCGCAGCGCUAUACCACACAGGGUGGUACUGCCCCACCAAAUGUCUGUGGGGGCGUUCCCUGUAGCAUCGCUGCCUGGUUCUGCACAGAGUUUUGGGGCUGUUGCAGGACUGGCGGUCGGGGGUGUGGGAACAGGUCUGGGGGACUCGGGACGACCCAAGAAGGACUCUGUUGUGAGCCUUCCUGAGACAGACCACAUCAAAGUUAGAUCCAGGCUGUCAUCAAACUUGUGAUGUUAAUCAAACUCUUGCAGGAGGGACUCAGUUAGGGGGCAUCCCUGCACGAACAUGGGAGGAUUUCUGUUCUCCCCCCUACAGUUCCUCUUCUCUCUACUCACCCCAGUUUGACUCUCCGAAUGUAUGAAUGUUGACUGAGUGGCUGCGAGGAUAAUCUUAGAGAUGACUGUUCUAAUAUAAUAAAGCCUGUAUGGUGACUUGUGAAUCUGCAGCAUCAAGACAUUUCUACUCACACAAAUAGUAGAUGCACAUAACAGUAGUGGUAACGUAGCAUCUGCUGAUAUCCCCCUCCUUUAUUUAUUGUAUUUCAGUAAGUAGUUAAAACCAAAUGGGUAUAUCUGCUUCACCGUCCAUUUCAUUCCGCUCAUUUAAUGGAAAUCUGGGGCCAGAUGGGACUAAAAGAAAAUCAGGGACCUGAUAACAGAAGUUGGCACUUUAAAGUGUCUUAACUACUGUAUCUACCACAUUAUUCUCCUCACAAAGCAUAAUAAUCCAUGGCUUCAUAAAAAGUCAUGAACAAUUUUGAUAUUAAAAUAGGUGUGUUUUACUGUUAUUGACUCUCAACUCAAAUAGAACAUCAGAGCAAAUGUAAGCACAAAAGUGAACUAUUUAUAUAUAUAUAUAUACGAUGAAUAUCCUUCAAACUGAAAUUACAUCUGUGGGACAAGAUGUUUUGUUCCAGCCAAGCCAUCGAUUUCAAAAGGAAAUGUCUAUUUUUUUUAUUUAAAACUGCAUUAAUCAAUAUUUUUUUAUAGUAACAGUUAGUCAAAUGAGUGCAAUGCGAGUGAUCACUCAAAUCUGCUUAUUUAUAGCCUCAUAUAGCUCAUUUGGUUUUAAGACCCACAAUUACUCUAGCGUCGGGGGCUUUAAACUAUUCUCACCAUAAAGAACAUCCCGAAAUACGAUCUAAGCUAUUCUGAAUGUGGACCAUCCCAAAUUGAGUCUAUGCUUUGCUACAUUAUAAUUAUAAUUCAAAGGGAAUUUUCCAAUAAAAUUGGACAGAGAAGACAAGUGGUGAGGGAGGAACAUCACAAACAAACAGGAAACAUUAAACUAUGUCAAUCUGCAAAUAGAAAAGUCAAAGUCGUAGUUUACAUUGUAUAGCGUACAGUAAACUAACAAGGAGGAGAAGUGGUAACAAUUCUGUAUUCAUUCGUUCAUUUGUACUUAAUUGAUAGUUUAUGAUUUUGCAUUGGUAAGUCAACCCAAAAGACUCUUAGUGGCGACAGAGUUGACUGAACUGCUUGAUAAACAGUGAGACGUCUCUGUGUCUGUCCCAGACACACAGAGACACGUUGCACCCUUUGGUUUAAUAGCUAUCGUACUUGCCUAAACUCAGACUGUCUUGGAUAAAAACAUGAAACUAAUUGUAAGCUAUCAAGCAAGCAAAUAAUGUUACCAUUACAGUUAACGUCACUGAUUGGCUUUAGCAACAUCGUGUCGUGCAAAUCUUACUCAGUUCAAAUAUCUCAACUCAAGAGGAUGAAGUGAACGAUGCAAAUUUUGCGCGGCUGUGACGUGAGAGGAUUGAAACUCGUAUCGCUUCUUUGCAUCGACUUUGCUUUUAAUCUCAUUGUCAGAGCUGUGUCUCUGUUUGUUUUGGAGUUCUGCCUCCAAGUGGGUGAAUAUAUAUUAAUGUAGCUUUAAAAUUCAACAGCUAUACCUGAGUAAACGACACCUCGUCUUAACAGCAGAAAUGUUUUCUGAAUAGAUUAGUUAUAUCUCACACUUUGUGAAAGUAUUACUUCGUAGAAAUAAUAAUAUACUGCCAGUUAAUUACAAGAAAUUUUAUACCAGUCUAAAUGUAAACUCAUUCGAAGUCACACAAUCAAAAUGUAAAUCCAUUCUUUUCUAACUCUGAAUGUCACAUUUCUGGCAGCGGCAGUCGCGAUUGCCAAAGCCAAUUCGUAGAGAUAAUGAAACUCCUACAAAGCUCGACCUCACUAUAAACGCUAAAGUUUUGAUCAACAGCCAAGGACAGUGCAGAUACUUUGCAGGAUGCAUCUUUCAGUGUGCCUCUAUCAUUAAUGCCCCAGUAACAGUUCAUCAGAUGCCGCUGAGUUGCGUCCAAACGCAUUUGGGAGAGGACCUUUUCUCCCGGACCUGACAUUCUAUUCACCUCAUUUCACUAAUGCCUGAGCCAUUACUGCAUAAUGAGAGUGGAAAUUGGAAUUUCUCUGGUCUGUUUGGGACUGUUACCAUUCCCCUUCCAUUGGAUUUCAUUAUACUGUGCCAAUAAUCCUCUCGCAUGAUCGUUUUUGCAUUUUCAUUGUGUUCUGUUUCGGUUCAGAUUCCAAAUGGGACAAAGUCGAAAGCUUAUGAGUAUUUUUAUACGGUGUUUUUGAGGUCUGCUCUUUCUGCCCAAAUGAUGCCCUUUGGAACUUAUCAUGGAACAUAUAAUUAAUACAGAGGCUUGUUAUGAGAAUAGUGUUUCGCUGAACUCCACGUUGUCUCCUGAAAGGAACUGUCUCAGGGCACAAAUGGAUUUAACGACAAAAAAUUAGUCUACAAACUUUUAAUGUCGCUCACAGAAGAAGAAGAUGGUGAGAAGGAGGAAGACGGGAUAGAAAUUGGUCAAUAACCUCAGUCAAAUUACAAUCAGAUAUUAAUAACUUAGAGGUAGGGUUGGUCACUUGUUUCCCGAAACUCUUUUUAUCCCAUGUGUUGAAAUCUUCUCGCCAUUAAUAAAUAAAGUGAUCUGAAAAAAAGGCCGGUGUCUGUAACAGAGAAGUUGACUUGUAGCAUUUGUCAGGCAUUCACGUUCACGUGUUUUGGCGGCGUAGCUUUGCUGAUGCGAGGGGGCGGGAUGUAUCAGUUGCAGAUUUCCAAAGUGUAGCCUGUUCUCGCUUGCUUUUCCAAGAUUACCAACCCUAGAUUUAAAGAUCAACGAUACAAAAUGACAAAUGAACCCAAUGAUACCAAAGUUUCAAGGCCUGGGAUUUUCAUGGAUACAAAUAUUUCAGGAUGUUAAGACACAAACAACAUGUCACAGACUGAACUAUUCACUGUGUCUAACAUACAAAUUAUAGAGUAAUACCCUUAAAUCAUUCCGACAGUCUGAGAGUGAAGUUGAACACACAGGCACACAAAGCAAUAGCUGAAGAGUGUGGUCACUAUAUGCAAUGAUUUUCUCUUGAGGUGUUGAUGGAGAUGCAAUAUUUCACGUCAUGGACGGAGUUCUCAAACUUUAACGAGAAUCUGUUCAAAGUCUGGAAGAGUACGAGCGUGUAUCCAGUUUUAAAUACAUGAUCGCCAUGCUGACAUCGGACUACAUUGAUUUACUGUCACUACAGAGACACACUCAAACACAAGUUUGCAAAAAAUCUUUUUAAUCUUUAACAAAAUGGAUAUUAUCAUCUCGAAUGAACCCAUAUUUCUUGAGCGUAGGAAUUGAAUCAGAGCGAAACUAUUUGUAUUACAGAGGAUGUCUCACUUCUUCUUUCUCCACAGUGACUCACAGUACCACCCGCAGUCUGUGUCAGGUCCUGUGCCAGUUGCUGUGAGGUCUGCACGGUUUCUUCUCUUGUUUGGGUUUUCUUUUCUUUCGGAUCUCACACUUCGGAUCUCACACCUCCUGAAAAUCCUGUACCUUUGACCAAUGCUGCUCACUGAUAUUUUUUUUCUCUCUCUGCCGUUACCACCUGAAUAGCAUGUUGCACAGAACUCUGUAAACACGUUUUCCCUGUUUUUUCUGCAACGUUACAAACAUAUUAUGUAAAUGCUACAAACAACUCAGCUGUUCGCCCUGCAGGCUUUGGUGAGGAUGACAUCUGUGCCACACACACACACACACACACACACACACACACACACACACACACACACACACACACACACACACACAGCAGGGUCAACACAAACAUCUGUGUUCGCCAAGUUUUCAAAAGACUCAUUCAUUUUUCUUCCUGUCUUCAAUGCCACAGCUUCUCCGGGUUUAACGCUAUUUUCCAAUGUUUCAUUCACACGUGUCUUUGGGUUCAUCAAUGGCAGUAAAAACAUGGAAGUGCUUCAAAUGUUUACUUACAAGGGCUGUUCAUUCGAACUGAGCGAGGAUGUGAUUGUGUGUCUCUAUCUCACAAAUGUACAUUGAUGCUCAUGAGUUCAGAUUCUUUUCUAUUCCAUUGGCCAAUAAUGAGGAACACCAACACUAAAACAAUAUAUAAUGCACUUUUUAUACUAGUUGUUUAUGUAUUUUACAGAAUAUAAUACAGUAUGAGUCAAUACCAAACUGCAGUCCGCAUUUAUUUAUUUGUUUUGUACAUUCUUCGAUCCCAGACAUGUUGGUGUGAGUAAUGGCAUUCAAUGAUGAGGGUAAAAAAGCAGAGACCGAAAGCAAUCAAUACCUUAACACUACAGACGAAUGUGCGCAGGGAACAUACACUGAGUUCUUCACCACUGACCAUGAAUCCCCCAGAAGCAAACAGACGAUCACAGGCGCUCAGAGCAGACGCUGCAGCGCGAGUGUUUCUGGGUCAGGGACCUGAUUUUCUUUUAUCGAGCCGCUCCACACCUGUCACCUCCCAUUAUAAUGUACUGUUUCCUAUAGUGCCUAGCAUAUCGUAGACUCCACAUACAUGUACUAUACUCUCUGUGUGUGUGUGGCUGUACAAAAUAAAUGCAAGCUCCUCCACAAUG